UCCAACCGGCCUCACAACCGAAGACCACGUCUAACCACACCAGCCCAGGACCUCCACAUCCGGCUUCUUCAGCUGCGGGAUCGUCUGAGAUCAGCCACCCUGACAGUUGAUGAGUGUUUCUGUCUGAAAUAAAGCCCUUUUGUGGGGAAAAACUAAUUCUGAUUGGCUGGGUCUGGCUCCCCAGUGGGUGGGCCUAUGGCCACCCAUGGCUGCGCCCCUGCCAGUCAUGUGAAAUCCAUAGAUUAGGGCCUAAUGAAUUUAUUUCAAUUGACGGAUUUCCUUAAAUGAACUGUAACUCACUGAGAUCGUUGUAAUUGUUGCAUGUUGCAUUUAUAUUUUUGUUCAGUAUAGAUAGGCUACAGAAACUCAAAAGUUUUAUACAAAACUUCAUGUAGGUCUUCUGCAAUGGUGAAGUAAGACAUAGAUGUAGUCAGAUUGCAUAUGAAUACACAGGCUAUGGUUUAUUUAUUAUUCAAAAUAUAACGCUUUGUGUCUGCUUUAACCGUCAUGGAAUGCAACCAUUCAUUGCAGUGCAGUAGCUUAGUGAUUACCUAUAGCCUUGGCCAAGGAGUCCGCUGACCCACUGUGAACGCAGCUACUUUUAUACCCUGUGCGAUUUGUCAGAGCUAGAGGAACAAAGCUGGGAAAAGCUGUGGUUUCUAUGGGGUCUGUCUGACCGACUGAACCCUAGUAGCCCCCCUGGUACUGAGGGGCCUGUGCAGUCAGGCAUCCCCACCACCACCAGUGUGAUUUAAGAUUAGAAAUAGCAGCAUGGAUCAAAACAUUUUAUAAUCCAUAGGCCUAAGGCUACUUUCUAUUGUCUUGCAUUCUGCCUGUCUGGUUUAUGGUCCAAUUAAUAUACAAAUAUUUCUAAAGCCAAUGUGUUGCGUUCACAUUCCUCUCUUAGAUAAUUUAAUGGACAACUUCAAGGACUUGUUUCAAAACAACGAUGCCACUCCUCAUGCCUAUACCAAAUUCUCUUUCCGGAAGCCUUUGAUGCCGGAAGAUGACAUUUGUUACAUCAUCCCCGGCAACCCAGAGUCUCUCAAAGAAUGCACUUUCAACAGCACCUCUAAAACUUUCCUUGUGAUCCAUGGCUGGACGGUGAGCGGCUUGUUUGAGAGCUGGGUGGCCAAACUGGUGUCAGCGCUGUAUGAGAGAGAGCAGGAUGCCAAUGUGAUCGUGGUGGACUGGCUGUACACAGCCCAGAACCAGUAUCCUGUAGCCGCCCAGAACACCAAGAUGGUGGGACAAGAGAUCGCUCACUUCAUUGACUGGCUGGAGGAGGCAACCAACAUCCCUCUUGAAAACCUCCACCUUAUUGGCUACAGUCUGGGUGCUCAUGUGGCAGGAUUCGCUGGGAGUCACGCCUCUAAUAAAGUGGGCAGAAUAACUGGUCUUGACCCAGCCGGUCCAGACUUUGAGGGAGAGCAUGCUCACCACCGCCUGUCCCCAGAUGAUGCUCACUUUGUGGACGUUCUUCACACCUUCACACAGGGCUCUCUGGGCUUCAGCAUCGGCAUCCAGCAGCCUGUGGGUCAUGUGGACAUAUACCCCAAUGGAGGCAGUUUCCAGCCAGGCUGCAAUCUGCAAAGCACCCUAGAGAAUAUUUCCAAAUAUGGUCUCUUUGCCAUCACUGACAUUCCCAGAUGUUCCCAUGAGCGUUCCAUUCACCUGUUCAUCGACUCCCUGGUCAAUGAGCAGGAGGCCAGCAUGGCAUAUCGCUGCGGGAGCAACGAUAUGUUCGACCGCGGAAUGUGCCUCAGCUGCCGCAAGAACCACUGUAACACCGUGGGCUACAACAUCAGAAAGAUUCGCAUGACACGCAGCAUCAAGAUGUACACCAAGACCAAAGACUCCAUGCCGUUCAGAGUCUAUCAUUACCAGCUGAAGAUCCUAUUCUCCAGCAAGGUGGAUAGGUCUGAGAUGGAGCCUUCACUGACAGUCUCUCUGAUUGGAACCAAAGGAGAGGUUGAAGACCUCAAGCUGACAGUAAAGGAGAAGAUAACAACCAAUAAGACCCAUUCCUUCCUGUUGGUAGCGGAGAAAGACAUAGGUGACCUCCUGAUGGUAAAGUUCAAGUGGCAGGAGUCUACUAACUGGUCAGCCUCAUCCAUGCUCAAAAUGGUGUCAUCUUGGUGGUCAGGUGACUCUGCGGAUUCUGAAGUGGAGGUUCACAAAAUACGCAUCAGAGUCGGGGAGACGCAGAAAAAGAUGGUGUUCUGCAUUGAAGGUCCUCAUGCCCUCAGCUUACAACAGGAAGUGACAUUUGUAAAAUGCAAAAUUAAUGGAAAAAAACAAACAUAAAAAAGUGAUUAAUUUUUUAUUUUUUUUAACAGCUAUUUUUUUUCUUCCUGCAAUACUUUUUUCCUGCAUUAUUGCCAGUCAGGGAUCCAUUGACAAAAAUCACAGAGUUAACCUCAGGAACCGCUAAUAUUGAAUGUAUGGAGCAACGGACGAUUGACCUCCUUCCACUGCCGAAGCACUUAGAAAAAUAAUUUAUACAGCUGUAAAUGAUUUUGUCGUUCAAACUAUACAAAUACAUUUCCACCUUGUAUAUAGUGUACAGAAAUGUGUUAUUACAAAUGUGUGAAUAUUUGUAUUUAUUUAUUUUUUAAGCACUGCUUUUGUGCCACAUCAACUACGAUGUGGUGCUAAAGGAGAGUGAAUGCCAUCGUCUUUGCUGAUUUUCUGGCAACCCUAAAGAGAUGGUUCUUAUACAAAGUCGUUGGUGCCUCUGACUGACGGCGACCCAUAGACAGAAUGAUAAGAGGCCUCGAGGUACCUGCAGUUAAAACCUCAUGUGUUGCCUAUGUUAUGCUUAAACUGACAGAGCAUUCACCAUUGUCGUCCUCAAUACUAUGUGAUUGUAGGAUCGGACUCAGUGUGCCUUAAAAUAACUUAUUGUCAAUGAACUUGUCUUAACCUACUGCAUGUAUUUGUUGAUACUGUUUUUUUUCAUAGUUAGUUGUAUCUUUUACAUGGUCUUUGAGACAGUAAUAUUGUGUGGUCUGAAAUGCAAAUUAUUCCCGAUAACUUUGUGAAUAUAGUCAAGCACUUGAGCAAUAAUGCAUUGACUGCUGUUUUUAUACAAGUAAAUUCAUUUGAGACCAGCAAUAGUCCAGCAUUUGCAGCCGAAUACACUACAUACCAGUGGGAUAACCGUUAUUACAAUGUUAUGCAAUAUUAUACCUUUAAAAAAAUACAUAAUAAUUACAACGAUUUAUACAGAACACUUACCUCUGUUUCAUUGCAAGUGCUUAUGUGAUGUAUUUUAACUGACAUAUCCAUGGUUGCUGCUGAACUAUAACCCAAAUAAUGUUAAUUUAGCUGUGGAUGCCAUUUUAUAACUGUGAACAGGUAGCCUCUCUGAAAUAAGUCAAUGAGUGGUUCUUGUAAAGUGAGUCGACAUCAACAAUAGAAACAUGAUAGCCUUCCUCAGUAGACUGCACAGUUUACUUUGCAUCAUAGUUUAAGUUACAGGUAAUAAUUGGCUGGUAAUGAGGAUAUUACAAACAAUGUUAUUGUGAUCAUAUCUAAAUGUCAGACUAUUUUCAACAGCACUGAGUAGACUAAUUAUGAUAUAUUUUGAGAUCGGUAUUGUAAAUCAUUGUGACUCAUUUAAUUUCUGCCUGUUCUAUUGAGCCUGUAUAAAGGGGGAGAUGAAACACUUUUGCACUGAAAACUGAGAAAAGGUUACUAAAGCGGUUACUUGCUAAGUGCACCAUGUGUAAAUACCAUGUUGACAUAUACUUCUAUGGUACAGAAUAUUACUAUAUAUUUUUUUACCCUCUUUUACCUCUGAAAGUAUAUCUGUUUAUACCUGUAAAUACUGUAUGCGACUAUAUACAUAUUUUAAUAAAUUGGAACUGCUA